AUGAGUUUCUAUCCAAACAAGGAAUUUGACUUGUCGAAUUUCAGUUCCAUCCCAUCUCAACAAGAGAAAACUUACCAAAAUGCUCUGGAUUUCUACUUUCAGAAAUCUUCAGAAGAUGGAUUUGGUAACCCCAGUUCAUGUAAUGUUGGGAAGAUGGCAGGCUCACAACCCAACAAACAGAUUACUCACAAAUUGGUUGAAAGGCAGCGGCGGAAAGACAUGAAUUCUCUCUACUCGGAGCUGAGAUCAGUACUUUCAGAAGAAAGUAUUCGGGGAAAUCGUUCAGUAACAGACCAACUGGCGGAAGCUGCUAAUUAUGUUCAUUAUCUAAAGCAACAGAUCAAAGAUCUAUCGGAGGAAAGAGACAGGAACAAAACUCCAGCAGUUUGCCCUAAGGGAGUUGAAAUAUCCAAGCCUCUGGAAUUCCAGAAAUCAGAUGAGGGUUUCCCAUCAAUUAAAAUAAAGUCAUUCGGUUCAGCUACAUUUCAGGUAUAUAUAAACUCGAUCCAGAAUCAGAUUGCCUUGUCCGAUGUUCUUCUGGUGUUGGAAGAAUGUAGAGUUGAAGUUGUGAGUGCUGCUUCGUCUGUGAAUAAUGGAAAAGUCUUCUAUACCAUACAUGCCAAGGUAGCAGACCAUAGCAUUACUAAUUUCGAGACACUAUAUGUUAAACUUCAGCAAUUGAUCGGGGGUGGAGGAUUUCAGAAGGCAGAACAUUUUCUUUGCAAUAAUUUUCAUAAGGGCAGAGGCAGAAAUCCAGCAGAGAAGCAGAUGAAAGACUCAAAUAUUUUCACCGACAUUUUGGAAGGGUCUCGAACAUAUGUCAAGUGCGCCACUGCUCUCUUUUAG